ACUGGAGCAACACGGCUUGCAUCAGCAUGUGCAGGGGACCACACUAACCGGCAAAGUUCACCCUCAUUUUUGUUGUAAAGUCAGAUAUUAGGAUUAUUAAAACAGUAGUAAACCCAGAGACGGAAAACCUGUCAAAUGAAGCUGUUUUUGAGUGAAGGCAACCCUCACUGUUUGAAGGCGUUAGCCGCUGUAGAAGUGACAGGAGCUAAGUGUGAUGUCCAGUAUGUCAGUCACGAAGAUAAAGUGGUGCCCUUCCUCAGCCGUCCUUCACUGCCAGCCCUGUUGUUACCCAGUGGACAACACCUGUUCAGCCCCAAUGCCAUUUGCCGAUACAUGUUUGAAGUAAGUGGACAGGAUUCUAGCGCACUGUGCAAUCAAUGGCUUGAGUGGGAGGCCACAAAUCUUCAGCCUGCGCUUCUACAGGCCCUUCAUGUGGCAGUGGUGCAGGGAAAAGGGUCUGAGGUGCCGAAGAUCAUCGAGGGGCCCUUAAACUACUUGGACCAGAACUUGAGCAAAGGGAAGACAACAUAUUUGACUGGAGAGUCUGUAUCAGCGGCGGACAUUGUCUUGUGGGCUGCAUUGUUUCCUCUCCUUUCUGAUUCAACAGUGCCAACAGGUGAGCACAAGACUGUGGCAUUAUGGUUCAAACAUGUGAACGGUAUGAAUGCUUGCCAGUCGUCAGCUCAGAAACUCCUCCAGGGAAAAGGCCUGCAGGGCACGAAGAGCUACAUGCAAAAGCAGCCAGCCCCUCUGAGCAGUCACAGCAGAGACAUGCAGCCAAGCACCAGCAGCCCCGUCGAGGGAGAUGAUGGGGAGCGCUUGGUUUCAGAAGAAGAGAUGGAGGCCGCUGCUCUCAGCUAUAGCAAAGGCUUAAGUACCUCACAGGAUACUGAAAGAAAACAUCCAAUAUUGCCUCAGGAGGGCAAAAGAAACAUCCUUUUAACCAGUGCCUUGCCUUAUGUGAACAAUGUCCCCCAUUUGGGUAACAUCAUUGGUUGUGUCCUCAGCGCAGAUGUAUUUUCCAGGUAUGGCCGUUUGCGAGGCUGGAACCUGCUGUAUGUGUGUGGUACCGAUGAGUAUGGGACAGCCACAGAGAACAAAGCCAGAGAGGAGGGCCUGACUCCCCAGCAGAUUUGUGACAAGUACCAUGCUGUUCACUCCAAUAUCUACAAGUGGUUUCAGAUCGACUUUGACUUCUUUGGAAGAACCACAACAUCAAAGCAGACAGAAAUAGCCCAAGACAUAUUCUGGCGCCUCCACAAACAUGAUUUCUUGGUGGAGGACACAGUGGAGCAGCUCAGAUGUGAAAACUGUCAACGUUUCCUGGCAGAUCGUUUUGUUGAAGGCACGUGCCCUUUCUGCAAUUACCCAGAGGCCCGUGGUGACCAGUGCGAUAAGUGUGGCCGACUGAUCAAUGCUGUGGAGCUCGAGGAACCACAGUGUAAAGUCUGCAGGCAGACUCCAGUCAUCCAAACCUCCAAACAUCUGUUCCUCAACCUGCCAAAGUUGGAGACACAGUUGGAACAGUGGCUAGAUAAGUCAACCAGUACUGGAGACUGGACAGCAAACGCAAAGCAAAUCACCCGCUCCUGGUUGAGGGAUGGACUCAAACCUCGCUGCAUCACCAGGGACCUACAGUGGGGGACACCAGUGCCUCACCCCGACUUUAAAGAAAAGGUGUUCUAUGUGUGGUUUGAUGCACCUAUUGGGUAUCUGUCGAUUACUGCCAAUUACACUGACCAAUGGGAGAAGUGGUGGAAAAAUCCUCAACAGGUGGAGUUGUACAACUUCAUGGCCAAAGACAACGUUCCCUUCCAUAGCGUUGUCUUUCCCUGCUCCCUACUGGGAGCCCAGGACAACUACACUCUGGUCAAUCACCUUGUGGCCACAGAGUAUCUGAACUAUGAGGACACCAAGUUUUCCAAAAGCCGUGGUGUUGGUGUGUUUGGGGACAUGGCCAAAGACACAGGGAUUCCAUCUGAUGUGUGGCGCUUUUACCUGCUCUAUGUGCGUCCAGAGGGGCAGGACUCUGCCUUCUCCUGGGCAGAUAUGGCUAUGAAGAACAACUCAGAGCUGCUCAACAACCUGGGCAACUUUAUCAAUAGAGCUGGCAUGUUUGUCACAAAGUUCUUUGAGGGCUGUGUGUCUGUGAUGGACCUUCAGCCAGAGGAUAAGAAACUCCUCGCUCUGGUGGGCUGGGAGCUGCAACAGUACAUUCAGCUCAUGGACAAAGUCAAACUCCGUGAUGCUCUCAAGCACAUAUUGAAUAUCUCUCGGCAUGGCAACCAGUACAUACAAGUAAAUGAACCCUGGAAGAAGAUUAAGGGAGGAGACAAUGAAAGGCAACGUGCUGGCACAGUUACCGGUGUGUCUGUCAACAUCUCUUGCUUGCUGUCAGUGAUGCUUUUGCCAUACAUGCCAACUGUCAGCCAAACUAUCCGGGAUCAGCUCAACGCCCCUCCAUCCUGCAUCAGUACCAUGUUGCAAGGCUCUGGCACCUUUGUGUGUGCCUUGAGCGCAGGCCACCGCAUUGGCACAGUUAGUCCGUUGUUCCAGAAACUGGAGGCCGAACAUAUUGAGACUUUAAAGAAGAAAUUUGGUGGACAGCAGCCCAAAUCCACAGCUCCAAGUACUGCCAGUCCUCAGCCCGCUGUGGUGCCCGCUCCAGCCACUGAGGCGAUUGUGCCGGGCGGAGUGAACCCCGAGAAAGCCAAGCUGCUCACACAGGCAGUGGCUGAGCAGGGGGAGAAGGUGAGAACGUUAAAAGCCCAAAAAGCGGAAAAGGCUGUGGUCACUGCAGAGGUGGCCAAAUUGUUGGACCUGAAGAAACAGCUGGCAGCGGCUGAGGGAAAGAGCCCUGAACCUGCACCACAGAAGAAGAAGAAAUGAGACAGAAAGGAGGAGUGUGGAGGUUAGUCAGGGAACAGCGGUUUGAGAUAUCAUACAGGAGAAUGGGAACAAGCAGUACACUAAGAGAUGAGGGUAUUAGCUUAAGGCAAAGCCGUAACAGGAUCUAAGACAAUGUGCUACUGGCACCGAGGACUAAUGAAAUGCUGGAUAGGCCGACAGGGAAAUGAAAACAUACAAAGACGGAGUCAAAUGAAUACAGCUACAGAAUGGAGGGAUUUGGACAAAUCCCUCCACCAAAAGAAACUGAUUUUAUACUCUUCCUCCAAUGGUUUGCAUUAGCAUUGUGAGGUGUGUUGUGCGCUCAAAGGUGUUUAUAUCAUCUGGAAACAUAUUUUGCCUUUUGCUACAAAUGCACUUAAUAAAUUGUGCCUCAAUCAUUCAUAUAUUUUACGAAUAAUUAUGCAUCCUCCAACUUUGAAUAAUAAACUUUGGAU